AUGAAGUUCCUUCUUCCCAUUCUGCUUGCUGCUCCCGCUGUCAUGGGUCGGGCUUGCAAGGCUCCGUCCCCGAGUGCCGACUCUGUUGUCCCAGUUUAUUCUGCUCCGGAGGGUGCUUCUAUUGUGUCCAAGCAUGUUGCUGGUGACGUUCCUGUCUAUACCACUCUUGCGACUCACGUAGCUUCUCCCAGCAAGCCUACUGAAGCAGUAUUCAAGCCUGAAGCUGUAUCCAAGGUCCAGGCUGUUUCCAAGUCCAAGGCCAAGUCUCAAACCAAGUCUAAAUCUAAGCCCAAAGCCAAAUCUCAGGCCAAAGCCAAGCCCAAGUCCAAGGUUCUCGGCAAUGGUGCCUCCGUCUCUGGUUCAUCAACCUUCUAUGGCGGUAACCUCUCUGGCGGAAACUGCAUGUUUUCGGCUUACACUCUCCCCGCUGGUAUCAUGGGAACUGCUUUCUCUGGCCAAGUGUGGGAUAGCAGCGCCAACUGUGGUGCCUGUAUCGAAGUCACCGGCCCUCAUGGAACUAUCAAAGCCAUGAUUGUCGACAAGUGCCCCGAGUGUGACCCCGGCCAUCUCGAUCUCUUCCCCAACGCUUUCAAGGCCGUCGGCGGCACAAACGGAAUCGUCAAGACGUCUUACAAAUUUGUCGAGUGUGGCAUUACUACUCCUCUUGUGCUUCACAACAAGUCAGGCACUUCUGCCAACUGGUUCUCUAUCCAAGUCGUCAACGCCAACGAGCCCGUCAAGAGCGUCGAGGUCUCGGUGAAUGGCGGCAAGACUUGGCAAAAGACUCAGCGCAAGGACUACAACUUCUUUGAGAACCCUUCUGGUUUUGGUAAGACGUCUGUUGAUGUUAAGAUCACUAGCAGCACUGGCAAGACUAUUGUUGUUAACAAUGUUGGGGUGACUCCUGAUGCUCAGUACAAGGCCAAGUCUAACUUUUAG